AGUGGUUGUAAACCCUUCCAUAUACCUAGUGAAGUGACUGGCCUCAGGUUGUACCUGUUUAUCUGCAGUCUUCUCUUCUCUACAUUCAUUCAAGGUGCUGUACUUAGCGUUCACUAUAUCCGGUCUCCCCGGACCCUGCAUUCACUAUAUCCGGUCUCCCCCGGACCCUGCAUUUACUAUAUCUGGUCUCCCCGGACCCUGCAUUCACUAUAUCUGAUCUCC